AUGUUUCGCAUAAUACUUCACAGCGAAUUAACAGCCUCGAGCCGAGGACCCAAUAUUAACCUGCUUCGGAACCUUCGGUCUGGCCUUGUCUCCCUUGGCGCUGACGCAGCACAACCGGAAAGGCUGGGAUUUCUGUCGUACGGCAGAUUGAGCGCAUCGAAAAGGCGAGGCUUUCUAACCAGUUCAGGGUCGCUAUCCGCGCUAUCCGUCCAAGGCAGCAAGCCCGAGGUCAGCACAAACCUCCAGAGCGCUAUAUGUAACCCGACUGUGACACCUGCUCUCGCUGCUUGCAUAGCGCUCGCCAUCGCCAUAGCGUCUUGGUACUCCCUCGGAGACAACCCCGACCGUGACGGCGUGCCGGCACAGCUCAACGCCAUGGCUCAAGAAAUUGCCCCAGGCUGGGUGGGUAAUUUGAGCCCAGAACAGGAGCACAAGCUGCGCGAACUAUGGGACGCUCUUUUCAAAGUAUGCGGCGUUUAUGGUGAUGGGGACUCGAAACGGCCCGACGUGUCUGCUACGGAUCCAAGGCAACCGGACGAAGAAGUCGAGGUGCCCAGAAAGAAGCAAGGCUUCAGGUUUUUUGGAAGCGCGUCUCGAGCAGCAACUUCGGCUUCUGACGAUCAACACGUCGACGGCUCACUUCACAAUGACAAGUUCGGCUUGACGAAGCAGUAUCAGGAGAUCCUUGCCAGCCAGAAGCCAGAGGAGAUACGGGAAGCACUCUGGUCCAUGAUAAAGCACGAUCAUCCAGAUGCCUUGGUCCUGCGCUUUUUGAGAGCUCGUAAAUGGGACGUUGAAAAGGCCCUGGUCAUGAUUGUGACGGCCCUGAAUUGGAGACAUUCGCAAAUGAAGGUCGACCAGGACAUUAUGAAGAAUGGCGAAGCCGGGGCCGCGGCCGAUGAGAAGAGUGGCCACGGUAAAUCGAAAACACUUGGGCAUGAAUUCUUGACGCAAUGCAGAAUGGGCAAAAGCUUCCUGCAUGGCAUUGACAAGAACGGCAGACCCAUCUGCGUGGUUAAGGCGUGCCUCCAUAGGGCCAACGACCAAUUGCCAGAGAGUUUGGAGAGGUACACCGUUUUCAUCAUCGAAACGGCGCGUCUCGCCCUCAAGCCGCCAGUUGACACAGCCAGCAUCAUCUUCGACAUGACUGGAUUUACCUUGGCCAACAUGGACUAUCACUCGGUGAAGUUCAUGAUAAAAUGCUUCGAGGCAAAUUAUCCCGAGUCCCUUGGUGCAGUUCUUGUUCACAACGCCCCAUGGGUGUUCCAAGGUGUUUGGAAACUGAUUCGCGGUUGGCUUGACCCCGUUGUUGCUUCCAAGGUCCACUUUACCAAUCAAAGGGCUGGGUUAGAAGAAUUCGUCAACCCUGACCAGAUCAUCAAAGACCUCGGAGGAGACGAGGAUUGGAAAUAUGAGUAUACGGAACCUGUCGAGGGCGAAAACCACUUGAUGGAGGAUGUUCAGACCCGGGAUCGCCUCGUUGGGGAAAGACAGAAGUUGUGCAAUCUGUUUGAAGCAAAUACUAAACAGUGGAUACGACAUCCGGAAGAUGAAGAGACUCGGGCAAUCAAGAUGAAGCGGCAGGAGCUUGCGGCCAAACUCAGAGACGGAUAUUGGAAGCUGGAUCCAUACAUUAGAGCUCGGUGCCUGUACGAUAGACAGAAUGUGAUCCAUCCAGGUGGUGAUGUGGAUUGGUACAGCUAUAAGACGACGAGGUGA